AUGGCUGCUAGGUUCUUGUGGGCUUCUAGGGUUGCUUCUCAUCUAAGGAUCUCCGUUGCCCAACGAGGGUUUGCUUCCGUGGUAUUGAAGGAUUUGAAAUAUGCUGAGUCACAUGAAUGGGUGAAGAUUGAUGGGAAUAAAGCGACGUUUGGUAUAACGGAUCACGCGCAGGACCACUUGGGUGAUGUGGUCUAUGUAGAGCUGCCUGAUUUGGGACGGUCGGUGUCACAAGGUGAGAGUUUUGGAGCAGUUGAAAGUGUGAAAGCUACUAGUGAUAUCAAUUCUCCAGUCUCUGGUAAGGUGGUUGAAGUCAAUGAGGUGCUCACCGAGUCCCCUGGAUUGGUGAACACGAGCCCUUAUGAAGAAGGAUGGAUCAUAAAGGUGGAGCUGAGUGAUGCAGGGGAGGUAGAGAAGCUGAUGGAUUCAGACAAGUAUUCUAAGUUCUGCGAAGAAGAAGACGCCACACACUGA